AUGGUAAGUUAGGAAUGGAGCGAUAAGGGGAAAGUUGCAUUCCUCAGUAAGGAUUAUAUUGAAGCUCUUAAUUGUUACAACAAGGCUAUCGAAUUAGAUGGUACUAAAUCUGUUUAUUUUUCUAAUAGAGCAAGAGUUUAUAAGCUUCUAGGAGAUUUAGAUAAAGGUUUAAAAGAUGCUGAAAAAUCUACUGAACUUGAUGUAUAAAAUAUAAAAGGACAUUUGUUGAUUGGUUAAAUAAUUGCAUAAAUGUGCUAGAAAAAUCAUUAAUAUUUAUCAAAGUUAGAUACCUGCAUUACCAGAUUAACUAAAGCAUUGACUUUAUGCGCAGGACAAAAGAUGCAGAAAAAUGAAAAAUAUCUGUAAGACAAUAUUAGAAGAGCAAAAAAGUUGAAAUGGUUUAUAGAAUAAAAGUAGUAAUAGGAAUAAGAUUAAAAAAUAAUAUAAUACUUAAUAAGUAAAGUUGAAAGUCAAUUAGAUGAAUCAGAGGAAACAAAAAAGAAAUAAGUCUUACUUCUAAAGGAAACUUUGAUUGAAGAGGAGAACAGAAAAAUACCUGAGUAUUACCUUUGUAAGCUAACAAAUAAAAUAUUAUAAGAUCCUGUAACAACAAAGUAUUGUAAUACUUACGAAAAAAAGGAGCUAGAGGAUUAUUUUAAAACAGUAAAAUCUAUUAGAGAUCCAUAAAACUAGCAACUUUUAUAAAAUCCUAUCACAGACAUUCUACCUAACAUCAAUCUCAAAAAAGCAAUCGAAGAAUUUAUUGAUUUAAAUCCUUGGGCAUUUGAGUUUAAAGAGAAUGAAACAAUUUAAGAUAUGACAUUUUGA